CACGUGAGACGUUUAGUCGUCUGCUAAAUUCUCAGUAAAUAUUUAUAUCGUUCGAAGGAUUGAAAGUGUAUAACAAUAUAUCUAAGAUACAUAUACUGAACAAAAUGGUUUAUUUUAUAAAAACGCUUUUAUUUUCAUUUCUAAUGAGUGGAAUUAUCACUUUUGCGAGUUGUACAUUGUGUGGUGUGAAGAUAUGUAGAAGGCGUUAUAGAGACAGUGAUUAUAUUCAGUGUAACACGGGACGAAUAUUGAUAGAAAAUGUUACACAGAUAGACACAACAGAGGAUGAAUGGGCGCUGAAAAAUCUGAGACGAAUUUGUACUGGCAAAACUACUAAAUGUGACGUGCAUCAUAUAUGUCAGGAUCCAAGGAUUCAAGAUUUACGUGUUACCUACACGUGUAACUAUCUGCCAAAUUCCGAACCACCAAAAACCUGCACCACUGGCAUCAAAGUAUUGACUCAGAGUAAAGCAUUCAUCUUCAGUCCUAGAUACCCAAGUAUAGUAACUAUGUCUUGUUCCUGGAUGGUUGUUGUACCAGACAAACAUUUCGCUAUCCUCAGACUUCAUGAUUUGGAGAGACCCAGUGUGGACAUAGACAGUGGAUUACAAAUCCGAACAACCCGUAGCUGUCCUAACAAUGAUAUUCCAACAGGACUUGUUUAUGAAAUGAAAGGUCACACCAAUGUUUACCAGGCAUGUGGUGAUGUAGACAUCGAUCUCGUAACCAAUGGUAUUUCUGGCUUGCGAUUCUGGAUAUCAUAUGAAGUAAUACCUUUGGCACGGAACAUCAAUGUAGAAUAUAAAGCAAUGUAUUCAUGUCCUGACGGUACGAGAUUGGAACAGGAUUCUCAGCAUGCACAAGUGAUGCAACCUGAUAUACCUCCUAUCAUUAUUACAAGAAAGAUUAGCUUCAUCAAUUCAACUAUGCGAGCGGAUAAUGAAACAGCUGUAGAAACGAUUGAAAGAAAAUCAUCAGAGCAAUUUAACACAGCAGAGAGGAUGAUAUUUUACGUUGCCAUAGCCAUCGCAUUCCUUAGUGUGCAAGCACUUAUAAUUGUGGUCGUUGUUUGUAUAAGAAGACAAAGACACCUUAAAGCAAAUGGACCAAUUAUCGACCAUUCUUCCAUACCGUCAACAUUCCCGUCACCCUUCAACCGUCCGCUUCCACCAGUUCAGCCACAACAUCAACAACUAUCAAAUUCUCCUUCUUUAAUGGACGGAUACGGUAUUGUUGCCGACGAGAUUGAUGAAAGUUGUUAUGAACAGAGUUUUGAGUCGUCUGCUUAUGCAGAAGUAGACGACACAAUACCAUAUAGGUCAAAUAUGAAUGAAUAUAGUAUGGAUAAACCUAAACUUCAUGAUACAGUGGAAAAUGUUUAUUCUGAACUAAAAGACAGUGAACGAGGUGGUUAUUGUGAAAUAGCUGAUACUGUUUGGCAUAAUGGUCCAUUACCUCGAAAUGAUCAGGCAAAAUUAAUCAAGCCUGAUACUAAAAUACGCCGAAGUCAGUGUUCAAAUUACAGUGGCAAAUCAAGGAAAUCUUCAUUUGAUGGACCUUUCUCACAUUUUGAUGAACAUAGAAAAUCUCACAUGACUUGCAGUGAACAAUCCGAUUCCGAGGACAGUUUGUUUGGUAACGAACAAUAUGAUUACAUUCAAUCAGUACAUGUGUGAUAUUAUUAAUAAAACUAUUCAUAUCUCCGAA